AAAAUGUUGCCACCAUUGAGACAAAGCUAAGGUUUCAUUGCUGCUGGUGCUUUGUUCCUUUGUGCCACUCAGAUAAGCGCAAUGUGUGAGCUGAGAGCACGAUAUCUAAUGACGCUGAUGUCGUGCUCAGUGUGUCCGGCUGCAAUGCCGCGAUUAUAACAUAAGGCACGUUCUUCCCCUUAUACACAUAAUAUGCCUUAUGCAGGGGAAGCGAGGUGUUUGGAUGAAGAUUUCAUGAAUCGACUCCGUGCCUGGAGUCUUGGCAACGCAGACCUGACAGGAAUCUGGUCUCACGUGCAGGUCGCCUAAAUGCGGUUUGCACCAAGACUGCCACUGAUUUAUCACGGCCCGUCGUUGUCGGUUCGUUCAUUCUCUCAUUAUGGCGAGCUACUGAGUGUCAAUCCCCGCCCAUCCGGCUUCUCCAAUAAUGCCUUACCGGAUACGAAAGGACUCCGACGUUUGACAGCCCAGGACCUUGCGACACAUACCACUCCUCCAAAGAAUGUGAAUGUCCUCGUGCGAGACUUCAUACAUGACGCCCUUUACAAUCCAAAUUAUGGUUAUUUUUCCCAUCAAGCAACCAUUCUUUCAUCAACAGAACCUUAUGAAUUCAACAGGAUCCGGAGCUCGAAGAAGUUUGAUGACUUGGUUGCGGGUGCAUGCGACGUAGGGAAUGAGGGAGCCGUACCAGGAUCGGGUGUACUAGGACGACAGCUAUGGCACACUCCUGUAGAAUUAUUUCAGCCGUGGUACGGGCGAGCCAUCGCCCAGUGUCUCACAUCUGAAUACCUCCUCAAUCACUUUCCAUAUGAGGAUUUUAUCAUAUUUGAGCUAGGGGGUGGAAAUGGCACUCUUGCGGGCAACGUGCUCGACUUUCUUCAGUUGGAGUAUCCUGACGUGUACGAGCGGACACGAUACCACAUUAUCGAAAUAAGCCCUAGGCUAGCAAGUUUGCAGAGGCUCAAACUAAAGCAUCACACCUCUUGCUUGGAGAUCGCUAACAAGAGUAUCUUUGAAUGGGAUGAGAUUGUGCCGUUGCCUUGUUAUUUCGUGGCAUUGGAGGUGAUUGACAAUUUUGCUCAUGACAUGAUUCGGUAUCAUCUAAGCACUCUUGAGCCAUAUCAAGCGUUAAUCGUUACGACGGAGGAUGGGGACUACGAAGAAGUUUACGAGCCAUUGUCCGAUCCAUUGCUUCAGAAGUAUCUCACCUUGAGGACCAAAGCUGGUCAUGUUUCACCUCUACAAUCGUCUCGAUUCCUUCAGCGGCUUAGGGCCACUCUGCCCUUUGCUCCCAAUCUCUCUCGACCUGAAUUCGUCCCCACACAUCUACUCUCCUUCCUCGAAAUAUUGCGAGAUAAGUUCCCACUUCAUCGUCUGCUGCUCUCGGACUUCUCUUCUCUUCCCGAUACAAUCGACAAUGGUGCAAUUAAUGCACCAGUCGUUCAGACACGCGUCGGAAAUGCGAUGGUUCCCUGUUCCACAUACAUGGUCCAGCCUGGGUAUUUCGAUAUUUUCUUUCCCACCAACUUUGACGAACUACAGAAUAUGUAUGAGUUGACGAUGGCCCUACCAAGAAAGUCAAUGCCAGAAGAGGGCAUCUCUGUGACGACUCCGCGCUUGGAUUCAAACUUCUUCUCUCGCAAUUGGCGGGCGUCUCCUGUAGAUGUCUCCUCCUACACCGGAAGGAGAGUAUUCUCACAUCGGGACUUCUUAUACAAAUACGGCAAUGUCGAAGCUACCACGCUACGGAAUGGGGAGAAUCCAAUGCUGGAUUAUUACAAGAAUGUGAAAUUCCUAUUUUAAAACAGCAUUGGUUCGGGAUGAACGUAGUAGGUAAGGG